ACUGUGGUCCUACUUUUCCAGAAAGGACACGAGGAAAAGGAAGCACAGAACGACUUCCCGAAGUCACAGCGGAUGGGUGGUAGAGCCCAAUUUGAAUGCACCCCUCCGGCUCCUGACUCCAAUGUGCACAGCAGAGACCCCGCAGUGGCUGCGUGCUCCGCCCCGAUUUCCAUGGAGACCCCUUGUACACAGCUUUCUCUAUCCACUCCACCUCAAGUGGGGCCGGCUGGCUGGACCAGCGCCCUGGGGCCCAUGAACAGCGGGUCCGCAGGAAGGCUGGCCGUGGGGAGAGUGAAAUUCUUCGGCCGGCACCGCGGGGAGGUCAACUCCUCAGCCUUCUCUCCCGACGGCCAGAGGCUGCUCACAGCCUCUGAGGAUGGCUGUGUGUACGGCUGGGAGACCCAGAGCGGGCGGCUGCUGUGGAGGCUGGGUGGCCAUGCAGGCCCCAUCAAGUUCUGCCGCUUCUCCCCUGAUGGCCACCUUUUUGCCACAACUUCUGGUGACUGUACCAUCCGCCUGUGGGAUGUAGCAGAAGCCAAGUGUCUGCACGUCUUGAAGGGUCACCAGAGGAGCGUGGAGACGGUUAGCUUUAGCCCUGACUCAAAGCAGCUGGCAUCGGGUGGCUGGGACAAGCGGGUGGUGCUCUGGGAGGUGCAGUCUGGCCAGAUGCUGCGCCACUUAGGAGGGCACCGAGACUCUGUCCAGAGCAGUGACUUCGCACCCAGCUCAGACUGCCUGGCCACUGGCUCCUGGGACUCUGCUAUCUGCAUCUGGGACCUGCGGACGGGGACCCCAGUGACCUCCCACCAAGAGCUGCAGGGCCACAGUGGCAACAUCAGCUGCCUGUGCUACUCAGCAUCCGGCCUCCUGGCUUCCGGCUCCUGGGACAAGACCAUCCACAUCUGGAAGCCUUCCACCAGAAACCUGCUUGUUCAGCUCAAGGGCCAUGUCACCUGGGUGAAGAGCAUAGCUUUCUCCCCUGAUGGGUCACAGCUAGCCAGCGCUGGCUACUCCCAUAUGGUCAAAGUCUGGGACUGCAACACAGGAAAGUGCAUGGAGACUCUGAAGGGAGUCCUGGAUGUGGCCCACGCCUGUGCCUUCACCCCAGAUGGGAAACUCUUAGUGUCUGGAGCUGCUGAUCAGGCAAGAUGCCAACUCCGAUGCACGAUCAAAUCACCCAGGGCCUCUCAGAUAUAACAUCACCACAAAUGGCUCUUUGAUCUCAAGCCUGUCUCUCCCUGCCCCGGGCGCAUGGGACCUGGCAGAACGAGCCCCUGAAAGGACAGUGAGGGCAGCUGCACGCCAUAGGCCCAAAGUAACCUUAACAGAGCACCCAACAGAUCCCUGUGACCAGGAUUGGUCAUGGUCCCGCGCCGGGGCUGCCAACAGCCGCAGGCAGGCCUGCCAAAGCCCCCAGGCCCCUAGCAACCACAACCAGGGCACGCCAGCCCACCUCUCCAGCACGGUUCGCUGAAACACCCGCAAACAUGAAGCAAUGCCAGCCAGUUUGUUUGUGUUUUAUUGAUGCCGGUGCUCAGGCCUUGACCGCAUACUUCCGCAGUGGGUACAGCCGCUCCUUCCGCUGCUGCUUCUUGGUCUUCAGGUUUUCCUCGUGCUUGUUUAGCCGGCGGCGCAUGGCACGUGUCUUCUUGGGCCGCAGAUCCAGGGGCU